AUGUCGAGACGUAAUAUCAUGUUUUUCCGGAGCGUACUCUCUCGCACCCUCCCUCAGCUCCGAACCGCCAGCAGGGCUCUAUCUAGCACAGCUCCUAGCCCGGGUUCCCAUGCAAGGGCACUCCCAUAUUCUUUCUUACCCGCCAACUCUCUUGACCCAAAGCCUCGCACGAAAGGACUCACAGAGAUUCGGGGGCCGUAUUAUGCGCCUGUGACACAGACCUACCUGGACGAGCUUCUGAGCGACUGGAGCGAGUACGUAGACGGUAUCAAGUUCGCAGGCGGGGCAUUCUCCUUAAUGCCAGAGGAUCGGCUGAGAGGUUUGAUCGAAACCGCACAUAAACACAAUUGCUAUGUGAGCACGGGUGGAUUCAUCGAGCGCGUUCUCUCCGCCUCCAGCGGGAACAGGGAUAUCAUUUCCAAGUAUCUGACCACAUGUAAGAACAUGGGCUUCGAUGUGCUUGAGAUCUCUUCUGGCUUUCUGUCGAUACCCACGGAAGAUUGGGCAUCCCUGGUUGAAUUCACCGCCGCUCAUGGGCUCAAACCUAAGCCUGAGGUUGGCAUUCAGUGGGGCGCAGGCGGCGAUGCCUCAGUGGAAGAACUUGAGUCUGCGGGGACGCGCGAUCCAAAGUGGCUUAUUGAUCGCGCCAGCACAUUUCUUCAAGCUGGAGCAUAUAUGAUCAUGAUUGAGAGUGAAGGCAUUACAGAGAACGUAAAGGCCUGGCGGACCGACGUCAUAUCUGCCGUCACCUCGGCCCUGCCACGCGACAAGAUCAUGUUUGAAGCAGCCGAGCCCGACGUGUUCGCGUACCACAUACAGAACCAGGGUGCGCGCGCAAACCUCUUCAUUGAUCAUUCGCAAAUCGUGCAGCUUGCUUGUCUUCGCCGUGGUAUCUGGGGUACGGGCAGCACCUUCGCCCGUGUUGUGACGUUUGAGGACGUCCCGGAGCAUGGCAAAAAAUAUUAA